AUGACAAUCUUAUCCUAUGUUGUCAGCGAAAAUACCGAAGGAUUUUGGCUGAAGAUUUGGAGAGAAAGGAUUAUCCUAAAGUUUCAUUUAUCGAAAAAGGUUUUUCUUGCCCCACCAAUCAAUGACGGGUAUUGGCAUCACGUGGGAGUAUCGUGGUCUCUUGGAAAAUACGCUAUUUUUCUUGACGGUACAUUGGUUUACAGUGGAAAUGAUCUCGGCUCGAGUUCACCGUUGAAAGCUGGAGGUGUCUUCGUUGUAGGACUGAAACUAAAAAGCACAAAUGGGACUUCCAAGCAUUCAUUCUCUGGAAAACUGAGUCAACUAAAUGUAUGGAGUGAGUUUUUAUCUUUCACAGACGAUGUCGAAAAGAAAUUUACAAACCAAAGUUGCUUAGAUAUUGAAUUUGGAGAUGUCAUAAACUGGAGUUCUCUUAAGAACAACAUGUACAGCUAUGGUGAUAUGGUCGUCAAGCAACAGCCAAGUUCGUGUAAGCCACUUCGAAAAAGCCCAAAGUAUGACAUUGUUAUAACACAAUCACAGGACGUCCAUACCUUAAAAUGGGAAGAAACUCAACCUCUCGACGCUUUCACAAUUGCAACGUGGAUAAAAUACGAGAAGACGCAAAUGGAUCUGGACACAGAACCUCUGUAUCACAGAUAUGUUGAUUACAAAAACGCUUCAGGAACCUCUUUGCUUUUAUUUUACCUUACCGCAGGAAAUCUCACCUUGGAAAUAAAUGGGGUUCACAAAAGGCAAAAGAUUUUAUCAUAACAUAUACCUUUCAGAAAGAAUGUUAGGCGAAUCUGUUGUGAAACUUUUCCUGAUGAGAGCUUGAUAAACGUUCGAGCCUGCAUCUGAAAACAUUUUCGAAAUGACAAAAAAUUAGUAUAACUCAUGGCUUUCCAAAAGGAAAUCUACUAUCAAAUGU